ACGUGUGUGAGACUCGCAAGGCAGAAAGGACAUUGUUGUUUACCUUCCGCAUGCGGUGCGAUUGCGUCAUUGCACUAAUGCGGCGUAGAGCAUUAUCCCACAAGUGCUUCGUUUCUCUCCCCGCCCCACCCAUUGCACUCCGAGGGCUCUGACGUAAAGAAAUAUAUGUUUGUACAAUAUGUUUUAUCUUCUUUACCUAAGGAGUUGAAAGUCGAAUGGUAAUGCAAAGUAAACAGUGCAUAUGAUUUGUUUUAGGAAAGAGAGAAAUGUCUUGCUUGUUGUGUGUGUGACCUGAAAAAGAAAAAAAAGGACAAAGGAAAGUGAUAGACAUGGAGGAAGAAAGACAAGUUAACUGAUAGAUGAUAACGUAAGAGCGACUUACAGAACUGAAGUGAAUCGACAGGUGACGACUGAAUGAGACGAGUAUGAUUUAUCCUGGCGACCGCGAGCUUACAGAGCGCGAACGGACCAACAUCUGCUACCUGGCUUUCCCCGACAGUAACUCCGGCCUGAUGGGGAAUGUCCAGUUCCACUUUCGCAUCCGCCAGUGCCCGCAGUCGAAUCCCUUGCACACCCGCCCGGCCAUUCAUCAGUACAAUGCCACGUGUCCGACGAGCAUACAGACUGAUGAUGGCUACCUCUAUGGCUAUGUGUACUUCCGGCAAGUCAAGGACCGCACACUCAGGAGAGGAUAUUUUCAGAAGAGUGUGGUAUUACUUUCCCACCUGCCACUGGUGUCGCUCUUCACAAGUGUGCUAGACUUGAUGGCACCAGAAUAUUUUGAUACUGGAGAAGCCAGCCUAGAAGCUGCUUGCCACCACCUCGACCAAUGGCCUCUGCCAACACCAGGUGUCACCCUUAGUCUUCCUCUGCUUGGAACUCUGAUACAGGUUCGAAUUCCAAGUCGGCAGGACAAACCGGGUGCUUCCACGCUAACACCACCAUCCCCUCCCCACACAUCUCCUGGACCUUUGACAAUCAUGGUGCCAUCUCCGCAUGAGACAGAGGCUUUCAGAGUUUUAGCUCCGGUGCUGCCUCACCUGAACCUUUUAUGGGAAUUGGUGAUCACUGCUGAACCUCUGGUGGUGAUGGCGACAUCACCGACCACUGCUGCCAAUAUGGUGCAAACCCUAGUCAGCCUUAUUGCUCCACUCAAGUAUAGCGGAGACUACCGACCAUUCUUUACCAUCCAUGACUCAGAGUUCAAGGAGUACACAACUCGUACUUCUGCUCCUCCUAAUGUGAUCCUUGGAGUGACCAAUCCCUUCUUUGCCAAGACACUCCAGCACUGGCCACACAUCAUCAGGAUUGGGGAUAACACUGGAUCCCCAAGUACACAGAAGCAUAAAUUAAAGAAAGCUUCAGCUCUCAAAACAGUUGAACAGAAACCUGGUGUGUACACGAAGUACCGACCUCACUUACAGGCUGACAAGGGUUUAGUAAAGCGAUUACUGAAGGGUGUGCAGACAGGACGACCAGUAGAGGUACAGAGCGCACUCCUCAGACGACAUCUUUUAGAGUUAACACAGUCCUUCAUGAUUCCAUUGGAAAGAUAUGUAGCUUCCCUGAUGCCACUUCAGAAAAACAUUUCACCAUACAAGGCAAUACCCAGUUUGCGACCCUUUAACCCAGAUGACUUCCUGGCCACACUUGAGCUGUAUGGGCCACAAUUGACAACUGGAAUCCGUGGAGACUGGGAAGGUCUCUACCGACGAUUCUUCCGCUCCAUCAAUUUCUCGGUGUGGUUCAAUGCUCGCUACGAGGAAGUGUCAGACAAACUCUCGAAACUCCAUCUCCAAGCUCUCAGUGAUGCUGAUUUAAGUGGAUGGGCAUGCAGUCGUAGUGAAGUGGAAGUGGUUGACAUGGUCUUGCGCUUAAGGUCCAAACUGACAACAGCAGACACACUCCAUGUAAGCCAACAUACAAGGGAUAAACUCAAUGCCAACUUACAGACCCUCUUCAAAUCACUACCUGAGGACUUGCAGUCAGUUCUCUGUGCCACCUGAGGGAAGGGAAGCCAUGGUGGACUUGCCAUCAGAAUUUAGAAGUAAAAUGUUUGUCAGGCAGUAUGUGUGCUCUUAGACAAGCUUCAAGAAGUCUUUUUUUUUGUUAUUGAUUCUUUUUGUGAAGGAGGCUUCUUCUAAGGCAUGCAGUCUUGUCUUGUCACGUCCAGACAUGUUGCCAUACUGUGCUCCCUCCAACUCUGAUGGUAUCUUAGUGUUAUGCAUGUGUUAGACUUACCAAUUUUGCAGAAAUAACAGCAGGUGUUCAAUGUGGAAAAAAGGGUAAUGAUGUGAGAAUUAUUUUGUUAGACGGUGAUUAUCACAUACUGCAGAUUUGCCUUCAGCAAUGGCAAAAUUAAUAUUUAGCAUAUUAUACAGGAGGGUGCAACAAUAUUUAUUAUGCUUUUUAUCAUUAGGUGAUGACCAUUGGAGAGGUAUUUUGAUGUCAUGUGUUACCUCCAGUGCCUUCUGAUAGGGUAGGAUUGAUGGGUGUUGGUCACAAUGGUAAUAUGGUAAGGAAGAAAGAUCAGUCAUUGCCCAUUUGUGAUCUUCGGUGAAAUCAUGAAGUUUCACCAGGACGUGAUAAAAAUACAUAUGUACCAGGUUUGCUAACUUGGUAUGAGUUACAUUGAGUUUCAUAUCAUGACAUGUUUGCUCAAUGUAGACUGGGAGUGUAUGAUAAUCAGUAUAAAUCUUACCAUUCAGUGAGAUUUGUAUGUGAGGAAUCUGUGUUCUUUCAGUGUUGUCCUUGGUUGUAACUCAACAUAUGGUGCCAUGAUGGGUAGACAUGGUUCCCUUGGUAUUAGGUAGAAAUAAGCUGGAUUUUACAUUCUCAAGUGGGUGCUUCUUGCAAAGGUUCUUCUCUCAGUAAAUCCUGUUCUGUAAUCAGUGUCUCGGUAAUCAGUACCUUGUAUGUAUUAAAGCAUACUAUUUCAUCAUCUUCAGAGGUUGCAUAUAAUUUGUUUCUCAACGAUAGUGCCAAUAUUUUGCAGUCCAAAUGUCUGAUACCAGAAAUGUUUUAAAUUAUUUUGAUGAAAAUUUAUAGGUAGAAUUAUGUUUCCUUUUGCUGAUUAGUAAGUUCUUGUAGAUAUUAUGUUUUAUCUGUAAUUAUUUGCUUUAGUUGUUAAGAAAAUAUUUCCGUGUUGAAAAAAAAUCAGCCCAUCAGUAGCAAAAACCAUGAUUUCUCAUGAUUCAAAUAUUACUAAACAAUGAUUGUAACUCUCACUCAUCAUCACAUACAGUGGCUGGCUAAUAUAAUACAUGGUGCUAAUAUCAUAAUCUCCAGUAGAGAACUGUUCACUAUUUGGGUUCAGAAAAGUGACAAGUGCCUGUGAAAAAGCAGAAUAGAGUUUUUACAGAGUAAUGGGCAUAUUUCUUGUACUUCAGGAAAGAAGAAAUAGGUAUGAGAUAUUAUCAUAGGGAUGCCAUGUAAAUGGUUAGAUUAUUUUUUUGAGCCAAGAGGUAAUUAUUCUCUUAUUGUGGUUGAUUAAACAAAUGCCAUAAUUAAAAACAGCCCUUUUGGGAUUACAGAGGGACAACAUCCAGCAUGUCGUUCUUGCUUUUGUCUACAUAAGAAUGGGUAUUUUUGUUAAUAUUAUUUGAAGUUUUUCUGUGUUUAAUCUUAUUUUACAUUCUUAGCAAAUACAAUAUUUGAAUGAUGUAGUUAGGACUUAUCUCACUGGUUUGAUGUGAGAUAUAAAACUAUAGUCAGUUCUGUUACUUUUGUAACGUUAUAUGUUAUGUUGUGUAGAAUUUAGUCAUUUUUCCUUAAAUUUUCUAAGCAUAUCUUUAUUAUAGUUUGAAUUUUGUGAAGUUAAAGUUAAUGCUCUUCAUAUACACAUAUUUACAAUUUCUUUUCCUUUAAUUAUUUUGGAGUUAUACAACAGUAGCCUAUAGUGAAAAUAUCUGAUAAUCAUUAGUAUGCAUUUUGAAAUCAACAGAAGUGCUAUCUGUAUUAUAUUGAGAAAACUAGCUGUGCAACUAGCCUGAUUAUCAAGGACAGGCCAGUUGCACUUUAUAUAUUAGAAAUCAGCUAUAUUACCAUAUAGUAAUUUUUCAGUCAUUAAAAAAUUGUAUGAAGUCUAAAUUUAUUUUUCAAGCAUUCUUUGUUUGAUUAUCUUGGAUUGAAAUUCAUUGUCUCUUUGAAUGUUCAGCCUGAGUGAUGGAUGUGUAUUUUUUAGAGUUUUAGAAUAGCUUAAAUUUGAUAAAAUCAUUGCCAAAAAAAAAAUUCACAUACAGAUGGUAACUUCGUUAUGAUAUCUUGGUACCUCCAGUUUUGCCUAAAACAAUAUUGAAUUUAGAGCUUGCAUAAUAUUCUAAUAAAGUUGUGUAUAACAUCAGCAGCAGUGCUGUUCUUCUUUAAGAAAUCAAGGGAUUAGAUACAGAUAAAUGUGUAUAAUCUCUUUUGCUUCUUUAGAGAUAUGGAAAAUGAAAAUUAUCCUGUGAUAAAUGUAGUAUUAUGUAUAGCUUUAAUUUGUUAGCAUUGUCACAACUGUCUUCAGAAUUGUAGCUCUUGUCCUCUCUCAUCAAGGAAAAUUGUUCUCAGACGAAGUUUAUUUCAUCCUGUUGUUGUUAUUAUUGUUAGUGUUAUAUCAUCAUGGUUAAAGGGAUAAUUAUAAUUGUUUUUGUUGUAUUUAGUAAAGAAAUGUAAUGUUGUUCCAUCAUACAAAAGGUUUUUGUUGUAUUGGUAAACAAAAAUUAUGUCUUCUGCAUUUUAAAAAGCAAAUAAUUCAUGCUAGUAUCCUCAUCAACUCACAAUUUGUGUAUAGAAACAGAAGAAGUUAGGAAUUUCUUAUUGAAAAUAGGAAGAGUGAUUUUGAACACGUAGAAUGCCAUAUGGGUAUUUUGACAGAUAAUCAGAACAAGCUUUAGAGAGGUAUUAAGUAAUUUUCUUAAAACUUGAUUUUUGUAAUAAUUUAAAGCCUUUAUGUCUUUUAAAACCUUUUUCAAUAGAAACAUUGCUUUUAGACAUUUUUAUAGAUAUUGGUAUUCAUAGAAGAUUAAAUGUUAGGUACUGUUUUAAUCAAAGGGAAUUGUUGAUACCUUCUUAUAAAGUCAUUCAUCAGACUAGUAGUUUCAUAUUUUAAUUUGUGUCAAGAAAUGAGAAGGGAAAGAAUCUAAGUGGCUAGUGAUGGUAGGGCAUUUUAUUAGUAUAUUAGUUUCAUGAAAACGGAUAAAGUUUUGAGGUUUCUGGAAUGGGUGAGCUUAUUACAACUGGAAUAUAAUCUGGAAUCUAUUUAAAGUAUACUUAAGAAAUGUAUAUAGUACAGAAGAUAACAGCAGUAGCAUGAGCUUUACAUCAAUUAGCCAUGUGUGAAAACUGUAUCACUAUAUAUGCAAUUGAAGAGGAUACUGGUAUGGCCUUGGAAUUUUGUUUAUUUUCAUGUAACAAAUGAUGGUGUUCCAUUUAACGUAGUUUGCUUUGGUAAUAUGAUCAGAUUUUUAUGAUUACUCGGAACUUAUUCCUGUAUACUAGUACAGGUUUUACAUCACAAAAAUAACAAUGUAUUGCAUGAAAAUUUAUCUGAUAUCCUGAUAAAUGUGAUUAUAAGAUCAUGGCAAAGAGAUAUACAUCUGUCAUAGGAAGGAAUUACUUAUGUAUCAUUUCCUUGAUAAAGGUAUUUUAUAAUGUUAGAAGGUAAAAUAUGUUAUUUAAAAGGAAACCGACAGGUUGUUUCAAGAGGAAUUUAAAAAGAUGAAAAUCUUUUUGCUAACUCAGAAAUUGAAGAGGGUACAGUAGUAUGCUGCAGAUGAAAUUGGGUAUACAUAGCAAUCCACUGGUAUGGUUAUUCAAAAAGGAUAGCACAUAUCAGAGUAUUGUCAAGGUUGACACACAUUUUUUUAUUUUGAAACCACUUUCUUUCUAACUAACUGAUCUGGCACAAGAAGAAGGUAUGCACUGAUAAUUAUUAAGAUAUUGAGAUCACUUAUUAUACUACAUAGACUGAUAAAAGAGUCAUGUUAUGGAGAAAUAUAAUAAGGCUUCUUAGCCCACAAAAUUGAUGUCUGUAAUGUAAUAAUUGUUGUACAUUUCAUUUAAAUUCAUUAAGUGCCAAUUUUUCGGCCAAAAUGUUCUCUACUAUUGUUGCCUUUAGGGUUACCACAUGGUUGGACAUUUAUAAUUGUAUUAUUUGCUUGUGUCAGGAAUGAGGAACAAAAGUGCCAUAUACUAUUUAAACAUGCCAAGAAAUGUUUUUUUUUUGCAACCUAAAAUUCUUGUGGGCAAAAGUAAUUAGUGAAAUUCAGUUAUUGACAGUUAUGAUUGAUGACAGUGCAGUAAUUACAUGCUGGAGAUAUACCACAUGAUUAAAAAAAAUGAACUUUUUUAUGUACCUGAAAGGAUUUAAUAAUUAAUUUAUUUUCUUUUUCCUUUUGAAUUUACUCAGGAUAAUUUGUAAAGCAGUAAAGAAGGGAGUUUUAUCCCGGUUGACUUCCAGAGAGGUAUUUAACUGUACUACAGAAUAUAUUUCACCUCUUUCAUUAUUAGAAAUGUAGUAAUUGUGCUCUAAAAAAAACAAGUUAUGUAUACAUGCAUGUAUUUAUUCAUUUGCAUACAUGUAUACAUAUAUGUUCAAAUUUUAGUUUAAUGAAAAUAAAAAAAAAAGAAACAAAAAAGUGAUAAAAAGUGGCGCAUGAGUAUGGAUCAGAUUACCUGUAUUUUCUCUAUUUCCCUUUUCAAAGUAUGUAUAAGAAUGAUAAUGCUUAUGACUAUAAGCAGUUGGUGUUCUUUCGUAAAGCUAGAGUAUAUACAGAAACUUGAUGAGCAAUCAUCCAGAAAUUGUCUUUUGUGUUGUAACGAAAUCUUUGUAAUACUCAUGAAAGAAUAAAAUAUAUUUUCUCA